AAGCUCAGCAAGAUGGUUUAGAAUUUUAUGAAUCUGAAAACGGUGUGAUACUUUGCCCAGGGAAUCCUUACGGAUUUUUGGAACCCAAAUAUUUCUUGAAGGUUUCGUCUUCGGAUGGUCGUAAACUAUUUCCGUAAUGGCUAAACACUGUGAAGUUUGCCAGAUUGAUCUUGCCGACGAUUAUGCAUAUCAAGGUCAUAUAACUGGUAAAAAACAUGCAAAGAAUUUGCAAUUCUUAGAGUUCAAAAAAGCCAUCGAAGAAAGAUCGAUUUUUGUUUCUAAUUGGCCACCACAUUUCACUAGUCAGCAAUUAAUUGAAUUUUUUCUUAAAUAUGGAUUCAUCGAAAGUCACAAGUGUCAACGCGAUUAUGCGCUGAUACAAUUUGCAGAAAGAGAAACCGUUAAAUCUCUUAUGAGUCGUCCAGUUUUCAUCAACAAUUACAAAUUACGUAUUGAGCCAAGGAAAUUUCAUCAAAAUGAAAGAACACCAGUCACUCAAGCUUCAAGUACACUUUCAUAUGAAGAUUUGAGGGGCAUUUUCGAAACUGAAACUACAUUUGAUAGUCAGUUGAUUGCAUUUUUAAAUGCGAUCCAACCCAGCGAUGUUGUAGUUGAAGCAAACUCUGGUUCUGUUUGUGCUAGUUUGAAUCAAAUAUUCAAGACAAAGUUUCGUAAUUGUAAGGUACAAAGGUUUGGAUCAACUGUUACUGGUCUGAGCUUCAUCGAAAGUGACCUUGAUGUUUACAUUGAUAUAGGUGUACCGAUAAUUGAAUCAGAAGAUGAUUCACAGCCUAGUGAAUGGACUCCUAAGAAAGUUUUCAGAAUGGCAAAAUCGCUUUUAUUUAGGCGGAAAAAUAUUUUUACUGAUAUUGUUUUAAUACCAACUGCAAAAACGCCAAUUAUUAAAUUCCGUCAUGCUCCUACUAAAAUUUUUUGCGAUAUUAACUUUAAGAACAGUCUAGGUGUGUGCAAUAGCCACUUAAUAAAGUAUUAUCUAUCGCUUGACGUAAGACUAAAACCUCUGAUGGUAAUCAUCAAAUUCUGGGCACAGCUAUUUGGAAUAGCUGGCGUGGGAAAAAUCUCAAACUAUGCAUUGACCAUGCUAGUUAUUUUCUUUUUACAACAACCGGAAAGAGCCAUAGUACCUACAGUUGUGGAACUGCAGUCGAGUUGCACACCCGAAUUUGUCCAAGGGUGGCAAGUGAAUUAUGACGAAAACAUAAAACUACAGAAUACUAAAAACGAACAUAGUAUUCCAAGUCUAUUGUAUGAAUUUUUUGAUUUUUACGCUGGACUUGACCUUGGUUCAAAAGUACUUUGCCCGUUGGAUGGCAAAGCACAUCCGAAAACGGUUUUCACGAGCACUGAAGAGUUAUCUAAUACCAUGUUUAGGUACAGGGAGUACAUUCGUGAAACGCAAAACCCUCUGUUGCUGCAAAUAGAUAAACCGAUGUGUUUACAAGAUCCAUUUGAAUUGAAUCACAAUGUGACCUCUAGAGUAGGUGGUCGAACGGUAGCUUUCUUCCAGCAACACUGCAUAACUUCGCGAGAAGUUUGUAAAGAAGCGCAAGAAAAUGAUUAUAAAACUUUGUUUUCCAUAUUGUUUACGAGAGAAACAAAGAUGGAUAAACAGACAAAGUUUAAAAUAUUCAUUAGAGGUGAGCAGUUUUUGAAAGUUGGAUUACCGCAAAACACUGUUCUUCAACCAAAUAUAAUCUAUAGGGGACAUUUCACAAUAAAUGAUUGGUAUGACACUGUUUUGAAUCUCACAAAAGAAACUUUUGAAAAAGUCUUAAAGUUCAAAGUAAAACUCGAAUCGGUGGAUAGGGAAGUGAAACAACAAAAAUGUGAAGUAGAGUCAGACGUACAUUCAAAGGACAAAACAAAAACUGUUCUCGAGUGUUUGGGUUACUUCAAACUGUGGCAUGGUCGUAAAAAUAAAAAACCUAUACUUGAUCCAGCAAUGAGCGCCCUGGAUAAAGAAGCUAGUAUAUCUGACAAGAUAAUGGAAGAGCUGACAAAGACUCCGGCAUCGAGUGUUCCAAUCAUAAGUUUCACAUGUAUAUUUGAGAAGCUCCAAAAGCCCGUUGCUGUAGAGUUGAUCAUUAAGAACAAUAAUUCUGUAAAAAAUACGUUCAAAGAAUUCUCGGAUUACAUCAACAGCAAACUCCCUCAGAUUGUUGACAAGACAUUGUCACACAUGUUGCAGUACAAGAAAAAGGAACAGACAUCUCAAUCGUCGUGCAAAUUUGUACCAUCUAGCGUGGUUGGCACAUAUGGCUUGAUAGAAGUGUGUAUGCUUUAUGUGGCCCAAACUUGUUCAAUUGAUAUGGUUUGUGUCAAUUUAUCAUUCUAUGAGUAUAACAGUUUUGGGAAGAUCAAGGAUCCAUUAGACUCUGGUUAUCAAUUAUUAUUAAGUGAUCUAGUCAGUGAGAAGGUAACUUUCCAUCACUUAAGUUAUAGUCCACGAUUAUCACUUCCUACUAACGAAUCAAAUGUAUCAACAAAGUUAAAUACAAUGGGUGACACGAAAACUGAGAACUCAGAAAACCCGGAAUCAACCUCUGGCGGUUUAGAGAAAGAAGAAUCUGCAAAGACGGGGACUGAUACGAAGAGCGAAACGUUGGAGCCGCGGAACGCGAAAGAAGAAGCUGAUGAUGUCUUGACUAAGAAUCCUUCGGAGCUUACGCGGCCAAAGACGAACGACGACGUCCAGCGUGCAAUAGAAGGAUUGAAGGAUAUACCGGACGAAGAAUUACAAGAGUUUUUGGAUGACGAAGACUUUAUGGAAGGGUUAGACGUCGUAGACGCCUGGGAAGGUGAAGAAGAGAAACGCCAUGAAAAGAAACCGAAAAGUCGUAGCAGAGAGAGGGAGCGAAGACGAAUCUCUAGGGAUCGCAACCGUUUUCGAGAUCACCGAAGUCCAAACAACCGAGAGAGGCUCAGACGUGAGGAUCGCAAACGAGAUGAAAAUCGUCGAGAUCCAAACAAAAGUACCAAAGAUAUUGAGCGUGAUAAAAUGCGCACGCAACGAGACUGUGAAAGUAAAAUCCAAGCUGAAAAGAACAAAGCAAUCAAGACUCUACUAGAUUCGGACAAUGUUGUGCCCCCCGGGACGGAACUGGAAGCCAUUGAAACUAUCACCGAGAAGCAGAACGUGGACAAAGUGGGAAUUUCAAAAAGCCGUCGAAGCAGAGAAAAAAGAACCAGAGGAAGUCCUGCCCGACGACGCAGUGAUGACAAGAGUAGAAACAGUCCUCAUCGUCGCUGGAGCCCCAUUGUUAUCAGUCCGGAGCGUCGCAGAAGCCAGAUUAAAUUAAGUCCACCAUCUCGCAGAAGUCCUGUUAGAUUAAGUCCUCUGUCUCGCAGAAGCCCUCAUAAGCUAAGCCCCUUAGUUCUGAGCCCCGAAAGACCCAGGAGCCUGCUUAGAUUAAGCCCUACUCAUCCACGAAGACCGAGUUGGGAGCGCAAAACUAGUGCAGAGGAGAGACGGCGUAGCGCUGAUCGACACAGAAGACGCCAAGAAGUUCGUGAACGUGAUUACAAGCCUUCAAGUCGUCGAAGUCGUUCACGAGAGCGACACAGAAGCCGAAGUCCAGAUCGUCAUCGAAGAAGGUACAGCCGUUCUCCAGGAGAUAGGCGAGGUAGUCCACGAUGGCGUAGCAGAAGCGGUAGCAGAGGAAGAUCUCCACACAGGCGUACACGGAAACGAUCUCCAUUCAUCAAUGAAAUAAGAAGACAAUUUCGAAAUGAAACCACCCGACAACAGCAGCAACAGCAACCACCAUCUGCAAAUCUCGGAUACAUGAUUCCACCAUUGAUGUCUGGGAUGCCACCAAUGGGUAACCCCAUUUACCCUCACGAGCAGGAGCAGCACCCACCUUUCAUGUCACAUCAUCCAUCAGGACCACAGGGAUUAAUGAUGACUGGUCCGCCGCAAGGGUUCAUAAACUUUGACCCAGUUCAUCCGCAUAUGACUCCACCCAUCAACUACGAUCCAACUGUGGCGCAGCCUAUGAUUCAAUCUGAAUUUUCUUCUGGACCUGUGAUGUAUGGACAACAUGCUUCAACCCCUGUUCAACCACCACUAUUACCUCUGCCAGUACCUUCACCUCAACCUGUACCAGCCCCUGGUCCGAUCAUGGAACAAGGAUCUCUUAUGUAUAAUCAGCUACAUCACCUGGCACCCUUUGUGCCGAUCCCAGGGAAACAGCAGACUAAUCUGAGCAGCAGACGUUCGAUUUCCCCUCAGGCUAGAUCGGUUCGAUCUAACACACCUCGGAGCUACAGGGGAAUGCGAAGGUCCACUACUCCCUAUAAUGAUGUACAUUCAUCACACGAGGAAAGAUUAAAAACACCUGAGCCGCCGGUUAUAUCGGACACCAAAGCCUCCUUCGGAAAGACUAGUUUAUCCAGCCUGUUGGAAGCUUCUGUUUCUGCCAAAGAUUCGCUUGGGCCAACGGUCCUUUAUCCAGGAUUCAAGCCAGAAAUACUACGACAUUGCGAACAUGCUCUCCGGGACCUGCCUGUCGAGGAUCCCAGAUUGAAGAUGAAGGGUAGAUUUUUUUUCAACCCUCAAAAAGAAGAUACUCCUAGUGAAAGUGAAGAGCGAUCAUCAAAUUCGAUAUUGCUGAAGAAAGGAAAAAAUAAAAUAUACUGGGACGAGGAGGAAGAGCGUCAUUCGCAAAUAACUGUGAAAUCUGGUGUUCAUGUGCAUCAAAAAAUAUGUCAGACAGACGAGGUUCAAACUGAACAAAAAGAAGUCCAAGCAACAGUGAUCACUGCAGAGUUUGGAGUUCAAGUAAAUCUAAAUGAUUUACAGCAACCUGUUAAAGAAGAAAAAAGACCAAUCAUGGAUAGGCUUGACUGGAAUAUGCGAGAAACUUUCGAUUAUACCCCGAAACCGCGAGAAGCCGAUGAUCUAAGAUGGAGCCUGAGUAACUCUUCUCAAAAGCGUCCGUGGGGCAGAGCAGUAUCACCACCCAGAGAGCCCGAAGACCGAAGCUUCAACAGAGAACGUACAUUGCCUGAUUUUCCUAGCAGAACCUUGACACUUUGUACACCAGCGAGAAGCCGGGAAGAAUUUUCAUCACACCGUGGGCCAAUACUACGUGAUCAUUUCAUUCGUGACCCAUUACCACCUAGUUAUAGACAAAAUGUGGAUGAUCACGAUGAACAUUUUCAUGAUAAUAGAAGCGAUCGUAGCCGUGGAGAAAGCCCGAUGGUAAUUGAUGACUCUCCAGAAGAAAUUGAAGAAGAACCGGAAGUAUUUCCUAGAACUAGCGAGCGAAUCGUACUUGCUAAAAUUCCACGUGGGCAGUCAAUUCCUGUUUUCAAAGGACGUGGAGGGCCAAGAGGAGGAAGACCAUUUCGCAGUGGAAGAGGUGGCUAUCGAGACAAAUUCUAAGAAGCAACAAAUUGCAUCAACUGGGAUCUCCUUUACCUGAACAAGUCGCAACAACUAGUCUCAUUUUCCUUCAAACAUUAUGUGAGAUCAUUUGAUCACCCGAGACUGUGCCAAGCCUCAAUGUGCAGUGAAUUAAAUGAACUUCACUAACAAUAAACGUGAGGCGAUGACCAAUCGCAGUAAAAACAAUAAUUAUCAACAGUUUCCUGAAUUAAGGAGAAUAACUGGAUGUAUACAAUUUGUUUUCUUAUUACAGUUUUCUUAUUACAGUGAGCUUGAACAAAGAAAUUCUAUGACACUGAGCGUCGAAACCAUCUGAAUUAAACAUUUGGUGAUACAUUCAAAGUGUCAACAGGCUUUGAAUGAAUAUGAAAUAUGGCGCAAAUACUUUAUAUAUAUAUAAGUGAUAAUAUGUAUAAAACUUUUUUCGUUAAAUGUGUAAAAUACCAUGUAGUUUCAAUAUUCGUUUAAACAAUGCCAUGGCUUUUUUCUUACUUCGUUUUUUUUUUUUUUUUGUUCUGUACUUUUUCUUUUUUUAUUGAUUGAAAUUAUACUAAAAUAUCCAUUUAUAAUGGGCAGUGAGCAAGAUGUACAAAUAGUGACAAAAUAAUUGAGUGUGCUAUUAUAAAAACGAAGAACAAAUGUCCGAAAGUUGGAAAUAUAAGUAGUAAGAGGUCACAUUUAAUUUAACAUUGAAAAUAACAAGAAAAAAAUCUCGUGAAAAUUUACCUACAGACACAGAUUACGAAACCCUUGUGAAAUGUUUUAAAUUUAUAAGUCAGAAAUACAUUCAACAAAAUAUACAGACAACGAGUAUAAGUAACGAUUUCUUAACUGGAUACUAAUCAUAAAUUGAUCUUGAAUCUUUCUGUAACGAGAAUGCUGAGGUCUGAACAUAAACAAUUAUUAAUCAAAUUUCGUAUCAAAUCGUGAUGUCAUCAAGGUAUUAUUUCGGCUUUUAAUUUCAAGCUAUCAUAUAAAUAGCGAAAAUAUUUGCAGUUUACCGUAAUAAUCCUCUCAACUAAAAGGAUAUAUUAAUUUUUCCAACUGCAUGCAUCGUAAAAUACAACCGUAAUAAUGGUUCCUACGAUUUAAUUUGCGAAGGCAAUUGGGUGAUAAAAUUUUAUACAUUACGCAUGUAGAAACUACGCGAUCCAGCCUCUGUAUUUUCGAAAUGUGACUGUGUCUAUAAUGUAAUGUGCGUAAUAAAUGCGAAAGUAAUCAAUC